UUAACUCUUUUAAAAACUCUGUUAAAUACAUCACAUAUGAGGUACUAGUUUUUACCGUUUUUUUGCCAUCCAAGCCCGUCCUAUUGCUAGAAGACAAAGAUGACCACAACAGCUGUAUUAUUGCUUUACUUUGUUAAUUAAGACUUAGUUGAGGUGUUUACCAAUUCACUACUUCAUUAAGCAGAAAUAGAUAUGCCUGUCUUGGAAUUUCCAAGACACCGACAUGGCUGCCGUAUAUAUUUUUGAAAUAAAUAUUGAUAUUUUAAUAGCCGUGGAUAUAGUGACUCCUGUGGCAAAUUGGAACUGGAACUGCAUUGUUCUGACCUAAUGUGGAGUUGAAUUGGGGUGAUUUUACAGUUACAGACACAGAAAGUUCUCACUGUUCACGCAAACACAUUAUUUCCAGCGAUUCACUUUUCACUGAUGCAUUCUGUCACUGUUUGUCCGGAGCAUUGCAUUUGUCUGCUCUGUCCUCUGUACCUCUGAGAAAACUGAGCACCCUCGUUGAAGAGAAGUGACCUGUUGACAUGAUCACUAGAUGGACCUGGAUGGACAUUUGGUUACUGAUUAACACCGAAUCACAUAGCCUUACACGUGAGCGAAGCAGCAGAGUUCUCCAUCCAUUCUGAGGGACACAGGCAACAGCACAGGACAUCAUGAGCGUGGAGAAGAAGACGACAGGAGAGCCAUGCUGCUCCAAAUUGAAGAUGUUUUUGGCUGCCUUGUGUUUUGUUUACUUUGCCAAAGCUUUUCAGGGCAGCUACAUGAAGAGCUCUAUCACACAGAUUGAGAGGCGUUUUGACAUUCCCAGCUCGCUGAUUGGAUUCAUUGAUGGAAGUUUUGAAAUCGGUAAUCUGUUAGUAAUAGCAUUUGUAAGUUACUUUGGUGCUAGUCUCCAUAGACCACGACUCAUAGGAGCUGGAUGUUUAAUCAUGGCCAUGGGAUCUUUUAUAACUGCCUUACCACGUUACUUCCAAGGACCGUACCAAUAUGAGACCACUAUUUCAUAUGUCUCUGCCUCUAAUGGUACAGAGAGUAUUCUACCAUGUUUAACCAAUGGGAGUCCUGCAAAAGAUGAAAUUCCCACAGUGGAAAUUCAAGAAGAAUGUGAGAAAAACGCCAGUUCCUCCUUGUGGCUCUAUGUGUUUCUGGGGAACAUGCUUCGCGGGGUAGGAGAGACACCCGUCGUACCUCUUGGGUUGUCUUAUCUGGAUGAUUUUUCGAGGACGGAAAACAGUGCUCUUUACAUGGCUGUCGUGCAGACUGUGGGAAUAAUAGGGCCAGUGUUUGGAUUCAUGUUAGGAUCUUUUUGUGCCAAACUCUACGUGGACAUAGGAGCAGUGGACCUGGAUACCAUCACCAUCGACCACAAAGACUCACGCUGGGUUGGUGCCUGGUGGUUGGGCUUUUUGGUAACUGGAGGACUGAUGUUAUUGGCUGGAAUUCCCUUUUGGUUCUUUCCCAAGUCUCUUCCUAAGAAGGGUGAGACUGAAACUGAGAAAAAAUCUAAUCUUGUAGAGGGUGAGCAGGGCCGUUUCAUUCCCGAAAACAACAAACACAAUAACGCUCCAGACAAACCAGCUUCGGUUUCAAUGGCAACUCUGGCUAAAGAUUUUCUGCCAUCACUGAGGAAACUCUUUUGCAACACAAUUUACAUGGUCCUCAUUAUCGGCACUAUCCUACAAGUCAAUGGUUUUGUAGGAAUGAUGACAUUUCAGCCAAAGUACAUUGAGCAAACUUAUGGCCAGUCAGCAUCAAGGGCUAUAUUUUUACUAGGCAUUUUUAAUUUACCAGCUGUGGCUUUGGGAAUUGUCACUGGGGGGUUUGUAAUGAAGAAGUUCAAACUUAAUAUUCUUUGGACAGUCAAGAUCUGCUUUGUAGCAUCUUCUUUGAAUUUCUCUAUGUUGCUUUCUCAGUAUUUUCUUCAAUGUGACAAUUCACAAGUUGCUGGACUCACAAUUUCAUAUCAAGGGGCUCCAGAGGUGUCCUACCAGCAGAAUACGCUAAUUUCUCCAUGUAACAUGGGUUGCACUUGCUCCCUUAAGCACUGGGAUCCUAUAUGUGGGAACAAUGGACUGACCUAUGCCUCCCCUUGCCUUGCUGGCUGCCGAACCUCCACCGGAGUUGGCAAGGAGAUAGUAUUCCACAACUGCACCUGUGUUGGAGAUUCGCCUCUACCGUAUGCAAACAUGUCAGCAGUGCUGGGCCAGUGUCCUCGAAAGAGUGAUUGUGACUCCAUGUUUAAGCUCUACAUGGCGGUGACAGUCCUUGGUUCCUUUUUCGUGGCUUGUACAGUCACACCAGGUUACAUUAUUUUGCUCAGAUCCAUAAAUCCCGAAUUAAAGUCUUUGGCUCUUGGUUUGCAUAUCCUGCUUAUUCGGACACUGGGUGGCAUUCCUGCUGCAAUUUACUUUGGAGCCUUGAUUGACAUGACCUGUCUGAAAUGGGGAACUAAACAAUGUGGAGGGAGAGGAGCGUGUCGUAUUUAUGAUUCCAUUGCCUUCAGAAAUUAUUUCUUGGGCGUUAUUUACGCCUUGUUUGCUUCAUCCUACGUGCUGUGUGGAGUCCUGUACAAUAGAUUGGCUCAUCGCGAAAGGAAGCAAGCGCUGCAGUCCCAAUUAAAAGCUCACAUCAGCUCAAAUGGGAGAACGGCUAUCCUGGCCAUGAUUGCGGAACAGGAUCCUUGGGAGUCAGGAACGGGGAUGGUUCUCCUGGCCGUCAAUGAGGAACGGGAACGGCUAAGGUGGCCAGGACUGCAGAGCGGGAGACGGCUGGUGGGUUUUCAGAUCAGGGAGGCUGUUACUCCAUAUCACACCUCUCCAGGAAUCACUGUCAUUGCCCACGUGGGUAUUGAAGUCUCCCAGAAGUACAACCGAGUACCCAGACCUUCCAGCACCCCUCACAAUGACCCCAAGCACAUAAGCACAAGCUACAACUUUGACGUCAUGUAUCUGGGAAGGAAGGGGUGA